CUUGUGUUCUUCAGAUGAAGCUUAUCGACCACAUUCCCGAAGAACUGACCCGCGAAAUUCUACGUCAUUGCCUCAUCAUACCAGAGGACGAGUUCUACGACGAUCAUCUCAGAGAGAUUCGUAGAGUCAAGCGCAAACACGGCGAGCCCCCUGCGUCGUGCAUCUUGCUAGUAUGCAAGAAGUGGAGACAAAUUGGAGAAUGGGCCCUUUACACCUCGCUUUGCAUCGCCUCCGCCGAGCAUGCACGGGCUGUGGCUCAGGUUCUCAAACUGCGCGCUCCGGUCUUCGCUCGCUUCAUAGAGCACGUGAGGCUAGAGGCCGGAUACGGAAUAGAGAUCCAGGACAUAUUGAAAUUCGCGACAAAUCUGAAGACGAUAUUUGUGUCUGCCAUGGUGUCGUCGAGCGAGUCUAUCAAAGGGCUGCAGCGAGCUCUGCCCACCGUUAGCCCAGUUCGUCUCUACGUACAUACUUUCGGGGCGAACGACGAAAAAAACGCGAACAAGAAGACUAUCGAAAACAUGCUUGAGACCAUGGAAGAGGUCCACUUCUAUCCCCACACUACACAUCUAAACGAUACCAUGGUCUUGGCACUAAUGAGUGCCUCGCCCUCUGUCAAGACGAUCUCCUUCGACGGAUAUACGCUGCUCCACCGUUACGUGAAGAAUUCACUGUCAUUGGAAAUGAUCUUUGCGAGGAACACCAAUAUCAAACGGAUUAUCUGUCGCAGGUCGGUGUACUAUAAAAGCAAUCUACAGUACUCACGUAUGUCGAAAAUGGUACUGGGAGUGCUGGAUUACCAGUAAUUCUA